AUGGAUCACUGGAAAGCAGCUAAAAGGGUGAUGAGAUACCUAAAGAAAACAAAGGAUUAUAUGCUCACAUAUAGGAGGUCAGACCAUUUGGAGAUCGUUGGGUAUUCUGACUCCGAUUUUGUGGGUUGCCCGGACAGUAGGAGAUCUACAUCUGGCUACGUUUAUACAUUGGCUGGAGGAGCCAUUUCUUGGCGUAGUUCCAAACAGACACUUGUUACCAGCUCUACUAUGGAGGCUGAAUUAUUGGCAUGUUUUGAAGCAUCACAUCAGGGAAUUUGGAGCUCGUCGAAGUCAAAGCAUAUUGACAUUAAGUUCCUACGUGGGAAAGAAAUGGUACAAAGUGGUCAGAUUUGCAUCGAGCAUUUAGGAACAAAAUCUAUGUUAGCAGACCCCCUAACUAAAGGUGUCACACCUAUGAUUAUAUUCAAAGAUAGCGAUCUCAUUAAGUUUGGACCAGAGAAAAUUGACAUAUUCAGAUCACAUUAA